AUGAUAGCUGGCUUGCUAAACCAAUUCUGCUGUUGUUCCACAGCAAGAAAGCCAAAGUCUUCACGUUCCCAGCUUCCCCGUUCUCCUUUGAGUUCUCCAAUAAAAGUAAUGCCUGACUCCCCUCCUUAUUCAAAUAAUGUUUAUCUAGACAAUAGUAGCCCAGAAAAUUCACCAUUACAUCAAAGAUCAUUAAGUUGAAUCGGCUAUUCAACGGUCACUAGGGGUAUUCUUUUUCUAGAAAGCAAAAAAAUAAAAAAUAUAAAUGAUUUUCUAUAUAAUAAUACAUAUAAUUAUGCAAAAUAGUAUAACUUUUACAUAGUGAAAUUUUUGUGCUCAAAUUGUUUAAAAAACGCUGAAGGUUACUGUAAAGAAUGCAACUAUGCGAAAUUCUGUAAAAAGUGCUACGAGGAAAAGCAUACAUUAAAACCAAUGUUUCAUACACUGAGAAAAUAUAAUUAG